CUCAGUAAAGCUUUCUAGAUUCCGGUUGAAUCCAGCAAGCGCCGUCUGGAACAAAAUCCUCCUUUCCUCCUGCAUGUACCUUCAACUUCUUCUCACCCCAAUUUAUAAUACGUUGGAUGUAUUGUGCUUCUUUGUUUCUUGGGUAAUUUAUAAUUUACUAUUCAUCAAGGUGUUGAUCCAUAUUCGGAGAUAUUUGGACGGUUAUGUGGAUGAUUAUGAAGGGAUCAAGAAGUUUUUUGCCGCAUUUUGGAUACAUUCCCUAUUUCGGUUGAAAAUGCUAAGAAAGAUACAAGAAUCCAAGAGGAAGAAACUUGGCCAUGAUGCGAGUCUUGUCACAUUGCCGGAAUGCAAUUUAUCAUGCCAAAUGAGCAAAUUGUUUUUUCAC